ACGACAUAGCUGGUUUGACUGCAAAUGAUAGAAUUUCCAAUUCAUCCUAGCCAAAGUAUUUUUAUCACGUAGAACUCCCAAAGCUAUUUUUCACUUAGCCCAUACUGCUCAAAUACGGUGUUUGGCUUUGUCAGAAUACAUUGUUGGCUGAAAAAUUUCUGAUCUUACACCACCGACACAUGGUUAAGGAGCCAACAUAGUUAUUUAAGGCGCGAUGCGCACUAACGCACCAAGGGGGUCUGGAGCCUCGAUGUGCGAUGCGCCAUUGUGCACGCAUCACGAACAUGAGACGCAAGUUGUGGAAUAUUGUCUGUCUGAUGGUGAAAGAAUAACUUCAAUAAUUCCUUUGGAUGAGUUCACGGAGGAUAAAUAUCUUAUGAUGCUUACUGCAAAGGGUUAUAUAAAGAAAGUGUCUUCGAACUUUUUCUCAUCUAUCAGGUCAACAGGAAUAAUAGCGAUUCAAUUGGUCCAUGGCGAUGAACUCAAAUGGUUUUUACAGUUUGAGGCAUUGAAGAAUUGAAUGCAACUUGGCGUGGCGUUACGGAAUUAACCACCGUUGAAGCAGCCAUGGAAUGAACGUAUCUUGGUGUGGCACUACGGAAUUAAACGUUGUUGCAGCCAUGGCGAAUUCGUUUCUAAUGACUCAAGCACAAAACCAAUUUCAAAUUUGAGCUACAACGGUGGUUAAUUCGGUUACGCCAUGCCAUAUUACGUCGGUUUCUUGAAUGCCUCAAACGAACAUAGCCUGAAAUGUAUCCAUUUUACUCCGGUUUUUACAGUUUGAGGCAUUGAAGAAUUGAAUGCAACUUGGCGUGGCGUUACGGAAUUAACCACCGUUGAAGCAGCCAUGGUGAUUUGGUUUCUUUCAUUGCGUCAAACGCCUAAAUUUUGUGCUGGUGUGAGUAAAAUUUUUAUGGCAUA